UAGUGCUGAGCAGAAUGACGUAGUGCUGAGCAGAACGACGUAGUGCUGAGCAGAACGACGUAGUGCUGAGCAGAGCGACGUAGUGCUGAGCAAAACGACGUAGUGCUGAGCAGAGCGACGUAGUGCUGAGCAGAACGACGUAGUGCUGAGCAGAACGACGUAGUGCUGAGCAGAACGACGUAAUGCUCAGCAGUACGACAUAGUGCUGAGCAAGGUGAUUUUACAUCACUUUAUAGUUAUAGCAUCCUAUCAAGUCUACUGCAUUUCGAAAGACAGCCCAGUGUGUAAGUAGACAAAAAGUAGCGUUUAAAUUAUAUAGUUGAAAUUUAAUUCGAGCUAUAGAUUAUAAAAGUAGUGGUUAGACUAAUGAACAAAUUACUUGAUAACUGACAACACCGGGGAUAGACAAACAUGAAUAUGUGCGCAUGGUCGAUAGAGCGUUUAAUGGACUUCUAUCAAAUUUUUCUCGUUAUAUUUUAAGAUAAAGAGCUAUACAAGAUUUUUAACAUAUUACAAGUUUGAUCUAACACUACUUAUUUACAUUGUCGAUUUUUUGUUUCUUGCUAAUUUAUUGUAUUUUUCACUUGCCAUAAGUCGACAUCUAUUCUUUUCUCUUAAUAUUUUUCUUCUAGAUAUUCAAAUAUAUGUAAUGUUAUUUUUUUAUGCAUUAUCAUUGAUAAUGCCAGGUAACACUUGAUUUGUUUUCUGCCCUAGACUUCUUUUGUAUAACACGUCAGAUAUAUUAGUCGCAUCGAUAUCAUCAUUUAUAGCGUGUACAUAUGUCUUGUUAUCCUUCUUCUUAGCUAUAUAUGUAAGCUUAUUCGUCUAUUUUGUUUAGAAACAGUUCGAGUCCUCGAUAUACAGUGAACAAAUAUCGGACGGUGAUAACAUUCAGUCAUCAGCAUCAAAUAGGCAGCUUCUUUGUUAUACGAUAUCACUCGAUCUAUUCAUUCUUUUAUUUCUUUGUGCACCCAACUAUAUAUAUCCUAUCUUUUCUCUUGCGCAUAUUUGUUAUUAUCAGCGAGUGGUGUAUAUGACUUGUCUUGUCCCCUGAUGUAAAAAAAAUAACAAGUAGUCGUUUUCUCCUUCUCUUUGUGAACACCAUUAUCAUACAUUUAAUAAUCGGUAAGAAAUUCUAUAAUAAAUGGAUAUGCCUGUAUUUCUUUAUUUUAAGAAAUUAAUGAUAUUAUUAUGAUCCAAAUUCCUUCUCCUGAUGCACACGAGUUAUUGAAGGUUUCAAAGUUUUUAACACCAAAUGAUGAUGAUCAAGAGCUGGAACAAGCACUUUUUAUAUUUCAUAAACACGUCAACAAAGAUUCUGAUUCAGAACCUGAAUUAAAUGCAUAUUCUGAUAAUGAAUGUUAUGAUAUCGUCGAUAAAAACAAUAUAACAUUUGGACGAACAAAUAGAGGUGGUCGAGAACUUUAUAUGUGUGGAUAUACUUAUCAAGUGAAAGAAAAAAAUGCAACUGCGACUCGAUGGAGAUGUGUUAUCCGUACACCAACCUGUCCCGUAACUAUUCACACGAAUAAUAUAGAUGAUAGUUUUAUUUACUGGAAUGGUGCCUAUCAUCACCAUCCUCCCAACAGAAGUCGAGAAUUAAUUAAAAACAUAAUUUCAAAAAUUAAAGCAAGGGUUUUAGUUGAACCUUAUCCAGUGGUUAGUAUAGCUGAAGAAGAAAUUCGUAAUGCAAAAUUGGAUAAAAGUCAAUUAGCGGCUAUGCCUCUUCCUUCUCAAAUGGAAUCAGCUUUACAAAAACAUCGAAGAAAAAAUAUUCCAUGUCUACCAUUAUCACUUGACUUCGAAAUUCCAUUACUAUAUCAACACACAUGGUCUGGAGGAAAAUUUCUUAUUGCUGAUAUACAACGAAAGAGAGUUGGUGGUCGAUUAAUUAUGUUUAGUUCGAACGAACAAAUUGAUUUAUUAUUGAAUAGUUCAACUUGGUUUUGUGAUGGGACAUUCAAGACAAGACCAAUUAUGUUUUCACAAGUUUAUAUUAUUCAAUGUCUUGUUGGUGACGAAGUUUUUCCAGCUAUAUAUGCUCUGACAUCCAAUCGUAAACGUAAAACAUAUGAAGAAAUGAUUAAAGUUAUUUUGCAUUUGGCGGCUGAUCGAAACAAGCUUUUGCCUGUAGAAACGAUUGUCUCUGAUUAUGAAGAAGCUUGGUUGCUGACUGUGGAAGAAAUGUUGCCGAAUGUUGUUCGAUUAGGAUGUUUCUUUCACUUUACACAAUCAUGCUAUCGAAAUAUCCAACGACUCGGCUUAUCUAAAUUAUAUGAAGAUGAACCAGAUGUUAGAUUAGCACUUCGAAAAUUUUUGGGUUUAGCAUUACUUCCACGUAAUCAAGUAAAAAAAUGUUUUAAAUUAUUAUGUAAAAAUAGUGAUGGUCGUAUACAAUCGUUCAUCGAAUAUUUUAAACAACAAUGGAUGAUAGAUAUGGGAUCAGAUCUUUGGUGUGUAGCCGAUUCGGCAAUUAGAACAAACAACAGUUGCGAAGAUUUAACUGUUUUUCCUCUUUCUAUUGCAUCUCACCUCUUCAUUAAUAAUAAUUUAAUAUCAUCUUCAUUACUACUCAAAAAUAUGAUUCGAUCACGCUUCAAAUUCACGGAUUUGGGUGAUUUCGAUGGUUUGGUGCGUAAAUGCUUGAAUAUCAUUCCUCAAUAUAGCCAAGUAUAUCCAGCAGCUAGAGCUGAUGUAUCAAUAUCUCUUGAAGAAAUGAUUUCAAAAGGGUUUCCAUCAAAUCAAAAUAUUGUAUGGCAUAAAGGAACACAUAGUCAAAAAAGAUAUUAUUGGAUAAUGAAACCAAAUAGAGAUGAUGAAGUACGUGUAAAAGUUAGUAGUGGUGGUACUUUUAGUAAAGCUGAUCGUGAUCUUAGAAUAUUAACAUCAACAAAUGAAUGUCGAAAAAUUAUUCAUCAAUUCUUAGUCCGUUGGGACAAAACUGGUUUGUUGCCGGGAUGGAAAACAAUUUGGACCGUAUUUAAUAUUGCAAAUUAUGAUAUCAGUGAAAGAAGAAUAAAAACUAUUCAUAAAGUUAUUCGAGAUCAUGUUAUUCGAGAAGUACUUGAUGGUGAUGAACCUUCAGGUUCUGAUAUUGAAAAUAAAAUACAAGUUAUUUUUGAGCCACCAAUAAUACCAACAAAAAACCUCCCAACUUCACAACGUGUACAACCAGAUACAACUGGUUAUAUAAAUUCAAGUGAUUUCUAUAAAGAGAAUCAUGUUGUUUAUCAAGCAGCGAACAUUUGUCAAACACAACAACAACCUUCGAAUAUAACAACGACUCUUGAAUCAUCGUCUUCAGUAAUGUUAUGUAACGCGUCACCAUCAAAAUCUCUUACAACAGCUGCACAAAAGCGAACCAGAAAACGUCGUGUUUAUGAGCAAAAAAGCAGCCCAUAUGUAAUACGAAAAAGGGCAGCAAUAGCUGAUAAAUUAACAAAAUAA